AUGUUGAAUUUGUCAAAGCUUGAAUUUGUGGCACUUGACAUUUCUGAAAAAAAUAAUUUGUCAUGGGUACUUGAUGUUGAAAUUCACCUUACCGCUAAGGGUCUUGGUGAUAGUAUAAUCAAAGAAAAUAAGGCAUCAAGUCAGGAUAAAGCGAAAGCUAUGAUUUUCCUUCGUCAUCAUCUUGAUGAAAGACUGAAGAUUGAAUACUUAACAGUGAAAGAUCCACUUGAAUUGUGGAUAGAUUUGAAAGGGAGGUAUGACCACCUCAAGGCAACAAUAUUGCCAAGGGCUCGUUAUGAAUGGAUGCACUUACGGUUUCAAGAUUAUAAAAUCGUAAUUGAGUAUAACUCUGAUGUAUUUAGAAUCACUUCCCAAUUAAAAUUAUGUGGGGAAACUAUAAAAGAUAAUGACAUGUUGGAAAAGACACUAACUACUUUUCAUGCCUCCAAUAUGAUAUUACAGCAGCAAUACCGUGAAAAGGGUUUUAAAAAAUACUCUGAAUUAAUCUCAUGCCUUCUGGUGGCUGAGCAACAUAAUGACCUUUUGAUGAAAAAUCAUGAAGCAUGUCCUGCUGGAAGUGCUCCAUUACCAGAGGCACACGGGGUAGAAGCACACGGCCAGUCUGAAAUAAGACAAAAUAAUCAGGAUCAUGAUAAUGUGCGUGGGUGUGGCAAGGGAAAAAGACCAUAUAAUAAUCGUCGAGGUGGUGGUCAUAACAAAAAAGAGAACAAUAUGGGUUCUCUAAAUAAUCCUUCUAAAGGAAAGGGUGAUCAUUGUCAUCGUUGUGGCCUUAAAGGAAAUAAAGGCGGUGCCUCCUCUUCUAAUGCCCGAGUAGAGUCACAUUUGACUCUCAAAGAUGAUGCUCAGGCAGGGUCUUCUCAAAAAUAUGAUGAGAAUAUUGAGGCAAAUUUAGCAUUGAAAGAUGAUGCUUUCGAUGGGCUCGAUGAUAUCACUCAUCUGGGAGCAGAAGACUUCUUUGAGGAUCGCAAUUGA